AUGCUGGCCGCAACACUGUACGCCGCCUUCGUCUACGUGGAGGAUUCGGCCGGCAACACCGACGGCAGCGUCUCGCGACCAGUGUCCCUGAUGAUCGACAAGACGAACACGUUCACGCGCGGCCUCGACCCCGUCGCCGUGGACCUGUACAACCUGACCGUUCGGUUCGCCGCCGCGCAGCCUGCGGGCGUCGCGUGGGCCAUGGUUGCAGACGCGGCCGUCGACAUCACGCCAAUGGACGUGCGAGGGCUAAACGGCGCCCUCGGCGGCGCCUCCUGCAGACUCGAGGGGGUCGGUAUCGGCGACGCCACAGUGACACUGGACCUCCACGGCUGCGGGAUGGCCCUCGGGUCGAGCUACCUGAUGUACGUGUACGUCGAGGGCCAGGGCGCCGGGGUCGGCAGCGGCGCGCUGUCGGGGCCCAUGUUCCUGACCUUCUCCGAGCAGAGCUGCUCGCCUUCCGGUUCCAGCGUGGGCGACAGCGGCCUCAACGCUUCUGCCGACGACCUCUCCUCGAACAGCUUCGCGACUCCCGUCAGGGUGUACAGCACGCCCCUGCUCAGCGAGCUCGAGCUCGCCUUCACCCCCAGGCAGCCAGGCUACGCCUGGGGCGCGGUCGUGCCUGCUGGGAGCGCUGGGCUCGUGAACGCCGCGGCACUCAAGAACGGCCUGACCAUCGAGGGCCACGUGCCCUGCUGGGUGGCGGGGGCGCCCGUGUCCAACGCCUCCGUCCAGACCCUGAGCUUCCGGGGCUGCGCGCUGCAGGCUGGAGUGCGCGUCGAUGCGUUCGACUUCACCAGGUAUCAGGCUGUUGUCUACGUCGAGGGCGCGAACUACUCGGGAGACGGGAGCCUCUCGGAGCCAGUGGAGGUCGGUGUCAUCGGGGCCCUGUCGAACUGGUUCCUCGACAGCACCGUCCGCCUGAGCCCUCCGUCUCCGGAGGGCGUCGCCUUCGCCUUCCGCGCGGCGAAGCCGGAGGGCAGGAUGUGGGCCAUGGUGACGAGGUUCCUCCACGGCGUGGACGUCGAGACGGUGCAGGCAAGCCGAAGCGCAGUCGGCGGCGACGCGUGCCGCAUCCAGAGCAGGGCCAUAGACAACAACUGGUUCGAGGCCCAGCUGUCGGACUGCGGCUUCGAGCCGGGAACGUACUACUACCUCCACGUCUACGUGAGCGGCCCCGGCGGCUUCCUCGACGGAGCGGCGUCGCCCCCCCUGGAGCUCCAGAGCCCGGUGGCGUCGAACAGCUUCGUUGCGGAGCCCAGGCUGCUGGCCACGGCCACGGCGGACCAGGUGCAGAUCGGCUUCACGGCCCUGCAGGCGUUCGGCAAGGCCUGGGUCGGGAUCUUCGAGGCCCGCGACGCCGCCUGGGUCACCGUGGAGGUGGUCAAGAGCCUGAACGGCACCGUCGAGGUCGGCGACAUAUCCGCCCUCGGCGGGUACGCCUGCCAGCUCGACAGCGCGAGCAUCGACUCCACGGAGCAGGCACUUACGCUGGAAGGCUGUGGACUUGAGCCAGGCGGCCUUUAUACGGGUGUCGUGUACGUGGAGGAUUCCAACGGAAGGAACGACGGCACCUUGGCGACGGUGGACGUAUUAGUGCGACCUGUGUUCCCGGCGUCCAACAUGUUUGCUUCAGGGCCCGUGUUCGCGGAGACGCCCACCUCGGACCUGGUCCGCCUCCGCUUCCGGCCGGCCAGGGCCGGCAAGUAUUGGGCGUUCGUGCUCCCAUCGGACAGCGCGGCGCUGAUCAACACGACUUCGGCGAGCGACCCAGACUCGAUCCCAGACGUCGUGAGCUCCGCAGGCUGCCUACUGACGAAUGUCAGCAUGCCUGCCGACGCCGUGGAGCUCGACCUCGUCGACUGUGGCCUUGUCGAUGCUUUCGGGGUGUCUGUCGUGACUAGCUACUCUGUGCUCGUGUACAUCGAGGACUACACCGGCCCGGAGACCAGGGAGCUGGGCUCCCUCUCUGCGGUGAUGCCGCUGCUGCCCGUCUCGAACACCUUCCUCGAGCCGCUGCCGCGCCUGAAGGCGCAUGGGCAGACUACGCCGACACCUGGGGACAUAGUCUUCGAUGUGACUCCGAGAGUCUCUGGCAAACUCUGGGCGGCCGUGUACGAGUCGAAAUACGUGACGUCGGUCGAGCGUUAUACGGGUGUUAUCACACUCCACCAUCUCAAGGCGGUGGAGGCGUAUGAGAACAUGGGACCGUCGUAUGGCAAUCCGAAUUGCUCUGUUUGGGGUAUGGACAUCAACGCUACUGACGAGGAUAACGCGUCCGUGACCACAGAGAUUCGGUUGACCGGUUGUGCAUUGCAAUCCGAAAUGGAAAUGGAUUACUCUGUGUUGCUGUACGUCGAGGCGUGCUACAAUACUGAUUUCGGUGCGACGGCCAACAACGGCAAGAGUUGCGACGACUACGAGCCGUUUGAUCCAACGUGCACGCUCAACGACGACGCGGAUUUCACCACCAACGAUAUGUGUUGUUCAUGUUUCUCGAGCCAAGGGCGUGACGACGGACAGAUGAUCGGCCUGGACCUCGGGCACACCUUCGCCGACUCCUCGAACUACUUCGCCGUCGCCCCGACGGUGUCCGGGGUGCCGACCAGCGACGCGGUGACCCUCCGCUUCCAGGCGGCGUCCCCCGGCGAGGCGUGGUGCGCCAUCGUGAGCCCCGAGGCGGCCGAGAACGCGACGGUGCCCCGCGUGAGGUCAGCUGAAUUCUCGCUUGGGAGUUCAUCUUGCUGCCAGAGGACCACUGGCAAAAAUGUGGACGACGGCGUUACCGAGUGGCGGCUCACUGGGUGCGGCCUCAGUGUCGGGGUCACCUACGAGGCCUUCGUUUACAUCGAGCGCAACGGCGAGGUGGGCACGCUGAGCCCGGGCUUCCAGUUCAUGCCCGAGGGGGCCACGAGCUAUCUGCGCCUGCGCUGGCAGGACGAGGGCACCGACGCGAGCCCCGUCGAGCAGUGGCGCGUCUACCUGAAUGGCAGCGUGGUCUACGACGACAAUGGGCUCAGAAGCAGCUUGGAGCAGGAGAGAGAGAUCGGGCGCCCGGGCUGGAUCCGUGUCGUGGACGUCGUCUGCCAGCCAGGCUUCUCGUACGAGGUGACCAUCGCGGGGCGCAACCUGGCAGGUUGGUCCAACCUCAGCGAGCCACUCAUCGUGAGCUGCUUCUUCGUGCCUGGCGCGGUGGAGGAUCUGCACCUCAAGCCCGGCAGCACCUCGCAGCCUGUGGGCAUCAAUGACGCGGCGCUGGAGCAGUCCGCCACCAUCGAGUGGGCGCCCCCCGCCAACCUGGACGGCGCCGUGACCUACAACGUGUACCGCGACGGGGGCCUGGCCAGGGCCAGCUUCGAGCUGGUGGCCAGCACGAGCGAGCCGCACUUCGUCGACAGUGAGCUCGUCGCAGGACGAGUGUAUAACUACCGCGUCUCCGCCGCGAACAGUGUCGGCGAGGGCGUGGUGAGCAGCUCAUUCUCGCUGACAGCUCCCGGGUAUCCGAGCCCAGCGUCUGUGCCAACCGUUGUCCGGGUUUCCAGGCGCGAGGUGGAGAUCGCGUGGAGCGCAGAGAGCGUCGACGGAGACGAGGGCGUCCCCGGCAGCGCGGCCACGGGGUAUGCCGUCUUGCGCGACGGCCAGCAGAUCUUCCCCGACAACGGCACGGCCGACACCUCGAACGCCACUGGGGCUGCGGUGGAGCUGUCCUCCGGAGUGGUGGGCGACGGGAUCACUUGGGAGCCGGUGGUGCCCGAUGCCCAGUCGUCGGGCGGCGCAAUCGCGGUCGGGGGUGCCCGAUGCGAGCUGGACGGCCUGGAGGGCCGGGUUGUGUUGAGUUUCGUUCCCAAUGUCAGCGGCCUCGCGAGGGUGUUCGUCACGGUCAGUUCCAGCACCGCGGAGCGGCGAGGCCACCUAAACGCCACGUUGUUCGGGGCCGCCGUGUCCGACAGCGUGGCGGAGGCCAUGGCGGUCGUGACCACGGCGGCCACAUCCCGCGCAGCAGGCGUGCCUGCCUACUCGUGGCAUGCGGCCAUGGAGGCGUCGCUGUCUCCGCUGAGGCAGGGCUCUGCGGACGUGGCCGCGGUGCUGGCGAGGCACGGCUGGAGGGCGGGGCGAUUCGGCACCGUCCUCGACCUCGACGCGUUGCAUGAAGACCUGGCUCUCGCACGGGCACGCCUGGGCGUGGACGUGGAGGGGGAGAGCACCUGCCGUUCGUCGAACAUCGUUACGGCCGGCGUCCAGCAGCAGCUAAACCUCACAGGUUGCCAUCUGACAGAGGGCAGCUACUACAAUGCGCUCAUAUUCCUGGAGGGCUCUGACGACGGCAGCGAGAUAAUGACUCGGUACGCCAUCUCGGUCUGCCAGGUGGUCCGUUCGGCUGAGGAGCGGAACACGUUUGUCGACUUGCCCAGCCUUUGGUCGCUGGAUGCCGUCGGCGGCGAUGCCCUCUCGAUCCGGCUCGUGGCCAACGAGGGCUUCGCGUGGGCGGUGGUGGUGGAUUCCGAGGAGCUCGCGGCAGCUGGCAAGGGCACCUUCUCCGCGAAGGACGUCGUCAGGGCCAGCUACGCCGUCGGGCGCCCCUCUUGCCGAAGCCGCGCCGUCCCGAUCGACGGCGGGGUGCAGAUCCUCGAGCUCAGCGGCUGCGGGCUGCUGGUGGGGCGCCUGUACCUGACCUUCGUGUACGUCGGCAGCACGGCGGGUGGCCCCCUGCUUGAGGAGGCGCCGCUCACCGACGCGCUGCUGCUUGCGAACGGGACGCUCGCUGCGGGCCCCGAGGUGGUGGUGCCCGACCUCGCGGUCUCUGGCUUCCAGUGGUCGUGCCACGGCACUUCGUGCCCUUCGCCAGGCGGCCUGCCGGUAAUCGAAGAGGCGGCAGGCGCAGGCGUUGCCUUGGUGCCCGAUCUCGACGGGCGCGUCGCGUUCGAGGUGGUCGGCUGGGGCCCAGGCGAGGCGGCGCAGAUCACGGUGCGGGGGCCCGCGAUCGUCUCCAUCGAGAACGUCAGCAUGCCCGCGGGUACCUGCUCUGAGGCGUCGCUCACUGCCAGCGCGCUCUUGGGCGGCGCAGGCGCGGCGGACCCGCUGCGGACGGACUUGUCGAUUCACUUCUGCGGCUCCGACUUCGAGCUGCCUUACCACCGACACCGGCGCCUCGCGGAGGGCGAGGCCGCCCUGUUCUCCUGGCGCUCGGCGGCGGGGGCGUCGCGGGUGGGCUCAGGCUACGGCUGGCGGGUCGCGCUCGCACCGCCGGCCAGGGCAGAGAUCUCCUGGCGCCGCAGGUUCCGAGACCGUGCCGCGGAGGAAGGCGUUGAGCACACGUACCAGGUCCGCGGGCAGGGCCAGUUCGGCCUCGGGGCCGCCUCGGCUCCGUCGCGGACCGCGCUCGUCGCGGACCCGCCGGCCGCGCCCCCGCGGCCCAGGGUGACGGCUCAGAGCUCCUACGGCAUCUCGCUGGCGUGGGGCCUCGCUGCGAGCGGCGGGGCGCCGGUGCUGGAGUUCGUGCUGUACCAGCGGCUGUCCUCGCGCGGGGCAGCGGGCGACGAGCCGCCUGGCCCGUGGGUGGAGGCGUACCGCGGCCCAGCGCGGGCGCACACCGCGCGGCCCGUGCGCCCCGGCCGCGCGUACGACUUCGCCGUGGCGGCGGCCAACCUCGCCGGUGAGGGCGCGCCGAGCGAGGUGCUCGGGCGCGUGUGGGCGUGCUCCGCUCCUGGGCCGGUCGAGGGCCUGCGCGUGGGCGGGCAGAGCGCCCGAGACGUGCUCGUGGAGUGGCGGGCGCCCCGGGACGAGGGCGGGUGCCCGCUGACGUCACUCGGGCUCCAGCUGCCGGGGCUCGCGGAGCGGCGGCUGGACCCGAGCGCCGGCGGGCGCGUCAGGCUCACGGAGGGCGACGGCCUGGCGCGCGGGGAGAGCAGCGUCGUCGGCCUGAACGCCAGAAACGCCGCUGGGGUGUCCGCGACCGCAACCGUCACGGUGCACUUCUUCGCCGCGCCGGCCGUGGUCGAGCUCUCCGCGUCGGUGCACGACGCCGACGGUAUCCAGCUGCACUGGGAGCUCGCCGCAGGCAGCAGCGGCCCGGCGGUCACUGGCUACCGUGUCUACGUCGACCUCGGCUGGGGCGUCGAGCGGCUCAGGACGGUGAUGGCCGACCGCGACGCGUGCAGCGUUGCUGGGGGGCCCGCCAGCUACACCGAGACCGUCGCGGGGGGGGUGCGGAGCAUCCAGGGCGCGGGCUGCCCGAAUCACUUCAACGCCUGCCAGAAGCCACGCUGCGACGGCACGAGCUCCGACGCCGUGCCGACAGUCGGCUCCUACAGCGUCCUGGAGGAGCCGAUGCUGCUUCCGAACGGCUCCUUUUCAGGAUCCAUGCGUUGUAGCCCCUCCUCGCUCGGCGUGGCCCUCAACGGCGUGCCCAUCGCUGGCCCUGCGGGCACCAGUGCCUCCAGCGGGGGCGGAUGCGGCGACUUUGUGUCAGAAAGCGCCGGCAGCAUCGACGCGUGCGGCGGGUUCGCAGACGCGUCCGGCGUGUACAGGUACCACAUGCUGCCGGUCUGUUUCUUGGCGCAGCUCGGCGCUGUGGAUUGGGCGCACUCCCCGCAGGUUGGCUGGAGCCUCGAUGGCUUCCCCAUCUACGGGCCACGUGGUCCUGGGGGCGUAGCGAUGGUGCCGUGCUCAAUCCGGGCGAGGCACCUCCCGCCAGGGCCAUGCUUGGACCCAUGCGGCGGCUACGAGAGCGCCCUGCCCGAGGUUGACAGCUUUCUGUACCGCUACUACCUCCCGGGGCCGCUCGGCGACCUCGGCUGUGGCCAGCUCUGCGACGUGGCUGGCGGGGCCGGCUGCUGCGCACAGGCCGUGCCCGGGCCCGAGCUGUUUCCGUAUACGUUGGGGUGCUUCAGGGGCUGCACGCAGGCAGAGGUGGACGCGGGGCGAUGCAGCGGCACGUCGGGCUUGGCGGGGCCAGCGCCUCCAGCCUCCGAAGGAGUCGUGGCGUCGUACACGCACCCGUCGCUGGUUGCCGUGCUGGAGUCCGUCGGUGUCCAGGAGUCGCGGGGCUCCUUGACACUCAGCCGGCAGGAGAUCCUGCGGCUGCGCGACGGCAGCCCCGUCUCGCCCGAGGUCUGCUUCCAGGUCGGCGCGCUCAGCGCCGCCACGGCCCUGGGCCUGGAGCCGGAGCUCAGCCAGCAGGCGUGCGUACCACUGGCCCAGACGCCCACCGAGCCCAGCGGCCUGCGCGCCCUGCGGCGCACCCGCGGGGCGAUGACGCUCACCUGGGACGAGUCUGUCACUGACGCGACCCACCCGCUCUUGGGCUACCGGGUGAGGAUGCGGAGCGCAGGCUCGGGCGCGGGCUGGCAGACGCUGGCGCUGACGCUGCCGGGCAGUAGGAGGGCCGUGGUGGACCCGUGCGAGGCCGGCGCGCUCUACGAGCUCGAGGUGCUGGCGGAGAGCGGGGCAGGGUGGAGCCGGCCCGCCGCGGCGACGCUGGCGUGCGCGGUGGCGCCGGGGCCGCCGCUGCUGUCGCUCCCGUCGGCCAGGCUCGUGCGCGGCAGGGAGGGCCUCGCGUGCAGGUGGGCGCUCUCGUGGGCGGUCGCAGACGACGGGGGCGCGCCGGUGCUGCUGCACCGCCUGUACCGCGCGGGCGCGGCGGGGCCGCACGCGCUCGUGUACGAGGGCGCGCUGCCGGGCUUCACGGACGUGGUGCAGGAGCGGCCCGAGGAGCAGUUCUCGUACGUGGCGGCCGCGGUCAACGAGGCGGUCCCGAUCAGAGGGCGGAGCGGUGCGCUGCCCGCCGUCCUCUCUAGCCUGAUGGCGUUCGUUCCCGCGGACGCUACCGAUCAGGCGUCUCUGAGUGCAGUCCCUGAGAGGAGCCUUACAGGCGGCUCUGAGAGGGGCUUCACGUACACGUUCUACACGAUAUUCCCAGAGAAGCUUCCGGGAAUACGAGCCCAGGCGUCGUACGCCUUUUUCGCCGUCGACGCUCCCAAAUCCCACAUGCUCUGCCUGCUGUGA